UAGUUUUUGUUGAAUGUUAUUUGCAGGUCUGGAUGACGCCCGCAACACGUCCCACCUGGCCUGGAGGAUGAUGAGAGAUGGCUGUGUGAUGAAGAUUACACGCAGUCUGGAGAGGGCACCUUUGAAGACCAAACCCCUGUUUGGAGAUGGGAACGUGCCAGGGAAUGGUUGUCCUAGCAACAAGGGGGAUAACAAAACCACUAUCAAAAACCCCUCCAAGAAGACAAAGAGCGGCGGCCAUCUUGAAAAUCGACCCAACAGCAAGCCAGUUCCCAACACAGACGUUGUUGAAACACGACCCAAGCCUUCAGACAACCCGGUUCCCAACACAGACGUUGUUGAAACACGACCCAAGCCUUCAGACAACCCGGUUCCCAACACAGAGGUGAACUCCRACUUAACCUCUGAACCUGUUCAGUAUCAGAGUAUUGUUUCACCAAAGACCCUUCUAAAUGGUCUGACCACUCCAAUGUGUGGUGGUCGUGGYAACAGCAGAACAGUUAGAAUAGGAACGAUACRGUCCGUCUCCUCUCCUAUGRCUUUCAAUAUCCCCUCUCCUCGUCACUACAUCAACAGCCUCKUUCUCGUCUCCACCACUGUCAAUUGCAUUACCCAUCUACCCCAGCCAGACCCGACCCUUGACCCAGAAACAGGAAGUAUGGAGGAGGACGUGCACAUCUUGGUGGAAACGGAGUCGUGCGGUUCGUAUGACGACGUGAUAUUGGAGGAGGACUGCGACGUCACGGUUGGUGACGAGGAUUCUGUUGCUGAUGUGUACACAGARAACGAGACGUUCGAGGUGGAUGAUAACUCGGUCURUGGGAGGACCUUGCUGUGUCCAAGCCCAGUACAUUCAAAUCCUGGUAGAGGUCCAACCAACAGUAGGCCUAGUUCCAAUACCACCAACACGCCCUGCCAACAUCUGACCAGACUGGUACACAAGACCGAUAGUAGAACGUCCUCCAGUAACUUGGUGUCUUUGAAGGCUGAGACAACAAGGACCUACAACACCUCUGCACCCAAUAGUCUGACCACUUCCUCUUUUGUCAAACCCAGACCUGUUACCCCUGGCUCAAACCUCUCAGAUACACRGUCAAGACUGAACACGGAAACGUCAAACUCCUUUGUGAUCGACAAGGACGAAUCGAGAACAUCCUCAAGUUUUGCAAAAGCUGAGACAACGAGGAUAUACAACACCUCUGGGUCAAAUAGUUCAUGCAGUUUCUCCUUUGCCAAACCCAGACCUGUUACCCACGAUUCCAACCGCUCAGCUACACGGUCAAGACCUCAAACGGCAACAUCGAACAACUCCUUUGUGAUCUACAAGGACAAGCCAAGAGCCUCAAACUCCUCUUCUACAUCCAGUAUUUCUAUCACAUCCAAUACCUCAACAGCAUCCAAUCAUUCCUUUGUCAAACCCAGACCAGGCCUCCAGAACUCCAACCUCCAUGCUACAGGGUCAAGACCUCUCACAACAAAAAACCCUGGGAACUCAUUCACAUCCAUGUCCUCUACUACAAACCUUCCCAAUUCUUCUUUUGUUAGACCCAAACCAGUUACCACCAGCAGUAACCUCUCUGCUUCACASACACCAAACGGCUCUGCAUCCAAUCUUUCCUUUGCCAGGCCCAGACCUGUCGUCCAUAACCCUAACCCAUCGACUUCACGUUCAAGGCUGCACGCAGAGAUGCCAAAAGCACCUUUCACGAUCCACAAGGACUCCUCUUGCCUCUCUUCUGUCUCUCGUACUUCUGUCGGUGGAUCGUUCUCCAUCCUCUCCUCGUCCGUUAACCGGUCCUCGUUCCCGCCGACCCGYAGCACCAAGAUCACGGCCCCGCUGUGCGACUGUGGGCGGCGAGCCAAGCGUCUAACGGUGUGUAACGGCGGUCCGAACCAAGGCCGAGCGUUCUACUGCUGUGCGGUGCGUCAACACGGCCCUGGGGGGACCAGGAAGGGAUGUGAGUUAUUUARGUGGGAGUCUGCUCUCCUCCAGGCUAAAUCACCAGCCUCCGCUGCCGCCUCCAUCGCUCUGUGUUUUGGUCUCAACUCCAGUGUYGUUCGUCCCCCUGUCAUCAUCUAGGACGAGAUAUCAGUUAGCUUGAGGUCAUAGGGAGACUCUCAAUAGCAAUUUCCUUCUCAUCCAAUGGGUUUGUGAGGCGGAGGGGAGAGGAGGAAUCAAGGAAAUGUAAUUGAGAUUCUCCUCUAGAUUCUCCUAACAAAGGUGUCAUUUUAAACGGUACUUUAUGAAAAUAUGUAUGAUGUGUGUUUUGAGUGUAUAUGAUUUAUGUCCACAUACUAAAUCUGGUGCGUUCAUUGGCCAAUAUCCUGUACAGUUUCUAAAUAGAAUUGAUCCUCAUAAUGUGAGAUGACAUGACGUCAUGAUGAAAUGUAAAAUACUUUUUAGGCCGGGCAUUGUCAUAAUGAAAUGUAAAAUACUUUUUAGGUCGGCAUUGUCAUAAUGAAAUAUGUGAUGAAUUGUAUUACAUGGGUUCUAUGUUGUAAAUAUAGCAGUUGAGGUAAUCGUGGCAGCAUCCACAUUAAUGUGAAAGUGUUUAUUUUUGUGACUCCAAAAUGACACACUACGUUAUGUACCAUUAAUUUCUGUUCAUUAUAACAUCACUGAAACGCAACCAAAAAGGAAAUGCAUAUGGCAUAUGAUAUACAUCUGUAGAGUUGAUAUAAUCAUUGUAUGAUAUAUAAUGCUAACCCCCCCUGUUAUUGAAUGGUGAGAGGUUAGCAUGUCUUGGGGGUAUGAUAUAUAAUGCUAACUCCCUGUUAUUGUAAUGGUGAGAGGUUAGCAUGUCUUGGAGGUAUGAUCUUUGACCCUCUAAUUUUACUCGCUCAUUAUGCACAAUUCAUUAAGGAUUAUCCGUAAUCAUGGUAGCAUCCACAUUAAUGUGAAAGUGUUUCUUUUUGUGACUCCAAAAUGACACCUUAUGUUAUUUACCAUUAAUUUAUAUUCGUUAUAACAUAAUCUGAAAUAUGAAUAUACAUCUGUAGAGUUGAUAUAAUCAUUGCGUGCUAGGAAUGUGGGACCAAAUACUAAACCUCUGACUACUGUAUAUAGAAUCUUUAGGGGUGUCAAUUUGUUGUUGUAUUACUUGUUAAACAAAAUCUCUGAGUGAUUGUAUAAAUAAUAGAAUUUCUCCCUUUUUUUGCACACAA